CUACAGUGUUUCAUCGUGUGUUUCGUCUGUUCCCUGUUUAACACUUCAAUGUUUUUGUUUGGAAUUAGAGAAUGUACGAAUUUUCAGUUUAAUUUCUCUGCAUUUCUUUACUAACUCCAUGAAUAUUUCUAACGAUAUCGCGGCUUCGUGAGAAAAACACGAAAUCAUUGUAAUUGUGAACAUGGCUUUAAUUUUUAGCCAUUGGUUUAUAUACUUAUUAAUAAUUUUCGAAGAAUGUCGGGCCUCUACACAUUGGAUCGUCACAGAAGACGGUCGAAUUCAACCCCAGUUGGAUUCUGUGUUCUCUUUGAAACGACCAUAUGAUCUUGUUGCUUUAAUGCAACAGGAAAAACGUGCUGUUUUAAUUGAAGAAUUGAAGCAGCAACUAAUGGCACAGAAAGAGGAGAUUGAUCGGCGAGAGGACAAAGAGACAAAUUUGGAAGGCAAAAUAUAUGCUACUGAUGAAGAUUGUAUAGCUGCUGAGAAACCUCUUACAGAUUUUGAUCUUUAUGCCAGCACUGUUGUUCCAUUUCCACCAUACAAAGAGUUUGGAGAUGAGUUUACUGAAUUUGCUGAUAAAAUGGAUGGGGAGAUUGAAUACAAAAAACCCAACUGCACUGAAAUUGUAGAUCUUGACUUUAGUAUGCAUGCAUUUGAACACUUAACUGGUGUUCGAGAUCGUCAUAACUUAACUAUGUCUGCUGAAGUUGGUCUUCACCAUGCAGUUACUACAGUUGAAAAUAUUGAAUUAUAUGGGCAUUUGGUUUAUGAAUUCCUCCAAAAAAACAGAACCUCAUGGAUCUUAUUUGACAUGGCUGCAUAUUAUUGGCGUAUACAUGGAAAUGCUACUAAUGCUAUUGAAUGUGUUCGUCGAGCCUUGCAUUUUUCUCCAAGAGAGUAUAAAGAUGUAACAUUAAUCAACAUGGGUAACAUUUUACACCUUUCGCAUAUGUCUGAGGAGGCUGCUAUUGUUGUCCAUGCUGCUGUAGAUAUUGCUCCAAAUAAUGCUAUAUGUCAUUUUACUCUUGGAAACAUUUAUGCUGUUUUGGCUGAUUAUAACAAAUCUGCUAUUUGUUUUGAAAAUGCUGUUAAAAUACAACCGGAUUUCACAAAUGCUGCACAAAGAUAUCAUGCUGUUAUGUGUCAUAGCAAACUUGAAAAGGCUUUGGAAGCUCAACACAUAUCUCUGCAGCGAACACUUACAGAACUUCGAGAGUAUCAAAAGCAGCAUGAAUAUUGGUUGCGACAACAUGAAAAGCUUUUGAAUGAACAGGCACCACCAGAAGUAAAGCUGGAACAGCGCUUGGAAUAUGAAGAGCAGAAGAUACGUGAAAGCCUCGAUGGCAGAGGAAGCAAUCUAAUCGACUUUUCUUCUGCAGGACAAGACUGUUUCCAGUUCGAACAGAACGGCCAUAUGGUACUUAGUUGCAAUAUGAGACGGGAAACCUACACUUCUGCGCAGUCGCAGGUGGACCUCAGUUUGAACUUGCAACUUCUGCAGGCGAUGGAAUCAAAAGCAGGAAAAAUAGGACAAAAAAUGGCGGCGAAACAAAGUGAACAUUGCCAUAGAACAUGAGAAGAAAGAAGAUAUUUUUCCAAAUUGUCAGUAUUCGCACAAACAAAGACCAUAAAAUACUGCACCACGUAGAAAUCUAUUUAUAUUUUGUGUGUUUUUCCCUUGCUUGCAUUGUCAGCAGAAAAUAAAAAAUAAAAAAAAAACAGAAAAAGAAUGUUGAUAAGUUGCCAUAUAUAAAAGAUACUACAGACUU